AUGGGUUUUCGCUUUGCUACCUUAGUUCAUGCCAAGCAACUCAUCCAAAGGCCUUUCUCAAGCACAAAAAAUAUCCCUAAAGGCUUUUUGGCGGUUUAUGUUGGCGAUGAGAGCAACAUGAAGAGAUUUGUGAUCCCUGUGGCAUACUUGAACCAGCCUUCAUUCCAAGACUUUCUAAAUCAAGCUGAAGAAGAAUUCGGGUUCGAUCAUCCAAUGGGAGCUCUUACAAUUCCAUGCACAGAAGAUGCCUUCAUCGAUCUUAUUUCUCACUUAAGCUCCUAA